AUGGAAAACCCAGAAAGUCCUAACCCAACCAAGGCACAGCCUAGAUUUCGCAUCCUCAAAAGAAAACCUGAGGAUGCACAGAAGAAGGGAGCUACACCCCAAGUGGCUCCAUUAAAAGAGCUGCAGCGGCCUGCCACACCAAAGCAAACUCGUGCUAAGCACCUGGUCUGCAGGGUCGGUGCACCUAUAAUGGAUGUGAAAAUACCAUCACCCUACAUCACAGACAUAGAUUUUGUGAGGGGACCUGUCCAGAACAAAACACUCUGGACACCACAGUCAACAUAUGGCGCCCCUCCGAGUCAACACACAAGUCAGAUGAAGGACUUUGAAAGGGGCCCCGUCCAGCACAAAAAGCUGUGGACGGCACCUCGCCCCCAUCAUGCACCUGCCAAACAACUUCCAGCUGGCAGGGUCCAGGCCUGUCAGAGGGUUGAGGAAUCCCCUCAGCAGGCCACCAAAGAACCACAGCACACCACCAAAGAACCACAGCACACUGCCGAGCUUACGGCAAUGAAUGAGGGCUUAGCAUCUCUGUUGAAGCAGUUACAGAAAACAGAGGGCAAGGCCAGUGGUGGACUGGCUCCCCCUCAGGAGGGCAUGAUUUGCAUCUCUGAGCUCCAGUUACAUGAGCUCACUGAGCGUAAGGCGGAUUUAGAAGCAGAGGUCGAGCAGUUGAAGAUCAUGCUCGGAAGCAGCAAGGCUCUAAAUGAAGAUGCAGAGCUCAAGAAGCUGAACACGAUUGCAGAGCUGGAGCUGGAGCUUUCGGCAAAAAAGGCCGGAGAAGCUGAAGCCCUUUCUCGAGCACAGCAGCUCGAGGAAGAACUUCAAAGGGAAAAGGAAGGUCGUAAAGAAUGCGACGUGGCCUUGGCCAAGGUUUCAGAGCACAACAAUGCUCUGAUGGUUGCCCAGCUCCAGGGGCAGAGUGAGCUGGAGAAGAAACAGCUGCAGUGGCAGGAGGAGAGGUCCACCCUGCAGGCUCUGCAUCGUGAGGCUGAACUGAAGAAGUCCAGUCAGCUCGAGGAACAGGAGCUGGAGCUUUCAACAAAGAAGGCUGAAGAAGCCAAAGCUCUUUGCAGAGCACAGCAGCUUGAGGAAGAGCUUCAGAGGGAAAAGAAAGAAUGUGAAGAACGCGACAUGGCCCUAACCAAGAUUACUGAACAAAACAACGCUCUAAUGGCCACCCAACUACAAAUGCAGAGCGAGCUGGAGAAACAGCAGCUGCAGUGGCAGGAGGAGAGGUCCACCCUCCUGCAGUCGUUCGUCAGCAUCCAGCAGACACUGCAGGAGGAGCAGAAAAAGUGGGAGGACCUCCAGGAAAUGCUGAAAUUGGCAGAGAAAAAGCCAAAGAAGCCUUCCAUGUGGAGAAGAUUCCUCCGCUUGUUCAAAUGA